AUGGCGGGUACUCGAUCUGAGUACGGAGAGCUCCUAUACUCCUCAGGUACUGUAUCCACUGGGGGAAUGGGUGCCUACCACCAUGAUACGCCCCGAUGGCUGUUCCAAGCCACUGGAACCCAGAGGUCUAAGCUUAGCUCCACUGAGGCAGUUCUGAUGCUGCGUGCACCUACUGGAACCGGCCUCGUCUACCAUGCCAAUGCAGGCAAUCCUCGUGGCCGUGGCUAG